AACUGGAAAUCAACACGAACAAAAGCUGGAGCUUCUGUGGCUUUUCUUGACUCUUCGCUACAGUUUUAUCGACACGCUAAACAGAGGUGGAAGAAGUAUUCAGAGGCUUUACUUGACUAAAACGAGCAGCAUGGCCACGGACUGGUUGGAGAGCGUCGUGUCGAUAAACUGCGGCCUGACGUUAGGAGUUUAUCAGGGAUCCGUUUCCUCCGUGGAUCACAGAAACCAGACCAUCUCUCUGAAGCUUCCCUUUCACAACGGGGUCAGGUGUUCCCUCCCAGAGGUCACCUUCAGUGCCAGGGAUAUAAAGGAGCUGAAGAUCCUGGACUUCCAGAGAACCGUCUCUGAACCCAGUUCUGAUCCGGGUUCUGCAGCAGAACCGAGCCUCGUCCCUGCAGAACGUCAGGGACAAAGAGACCCUCUUCAUCCUCAUCUUCAUCAUCAGGGGACAAACAGCACGGCUCCCAUCACCAUCCUACGCAGAG